GAACUAAUCCUUAAUAACUUGUGCUGGCUGGUCGAUUAGCUUCUCCCCCAAUUUACCAUGAGACCAUCGAAUGAUACCUUGCAAUCUCAUAUAUACUAGGAGGCUUGAACUAUGCCAACGCAUCAAUCAGAGUUCAUUUUCAGGUUCGCUGCAUACAAUUUAGCAUUCCCACAGAAAUUCCCUACCCGAGCUCAAAUUAGCAAUCCCCUGGUCAGUGAGAUUUUAAGGCAUGGCUCACGACCCGGGAAUUCGUCUCUUGGGAUUUUGACGGUUUCCCCAUUCUCGUCGAAUUUGUCUCGUGUCGAAUUGAUCUUCCUAAAAUCUGUGUUGCAAAUUCUUCCAGUACCGCACGACAUACUUGCUGUCACAAACUACCAUAUCUGCCUUUGAUUUUCGAAUACUGUAGCACUCGACGAAAAUCAUGGCAUUGGAAAAUUCGGAGACUGUAGAUAUAGAAGAGGACGUCAGCCUUACCGCUCGUAGUUAUUCUUCUUCCGAAGAUGAUUUAGCGGGAGAUACCUAUUCAAUAGAUUCGAGUGCCAUGGCUUUUAAAAUGGAAAACGGUAGAAGAUAUCAGGCAUAUAGAGAAGGAGCUUAUUGGCAACCCAAUGAUGAGGUGCAAAGUGAACAAAUAGACAUUAGUCAUCGACGAUAUCUAGCAAUGUUGGAUGGCUCCUUGUAUAUGGCACCAAUACCGGAUGACGUCGAGCGUGUUCUAGAUCUUGGAACAGGUACGGGAAUAUGGGCAAUUGACUUUGCUGACCUAUUUCCAAAUACGUCGGUUAUCGGGACAGAUCUAUCACCAAUACAACCCGACAUGGUUCCUCCAAACUGCAGGUUCGAGAUAGAUGACUGCACAGAAGAAUGGACGUACCCGCCAAAUUACUUUGAUUUCAUACAUAUUCGUUCGCUUUUGGGCAGCGUCGCCGAUUGGGACAAACUGUACGCACAAGCUUUCAAACAUUUAAAACCGGGGGGGUAUAUUCAGCACCUAGAACCAUCAUUAUAUAUACAUUGCGAUGACAACACUUUACCACAAGACAGUCCAUUGUAUAAGUUCUCUGAGCUUUUCAAUGAGGCUGGAAAACGUACCGGACAAUCAUUAGAUCUGUGCCCAACAAUGAGCUCAAAAAUAGCCCAAGCUGGGUUCGUCAACCUUCAUGAAAAAACAUAUAAAACGCCAUUAGGAGAAUGGUCAAGCGAUCCGAAGUUACAAGAGCUAGGAAAAUGGAAUUUGUUACAAUUUGAUGUGGGAUUAGAAGGAUUUUGCAUACAACUUCUUACAAAUAUAAUGGGGAUGACUUUACCUGAAGUUCAAUUGUUCUGUGCUCAAGUUCGUGUUGCGGCUCGAGAUCGAAGAAUACACUCGUACUAUCCACAUACAUUGGUUUACGCUCAAAAACCUCUAUAACCUCUCGCGAACAAUAUGAUCGGACGACAUGUCACACGAAAUUACGAUGUCGCCUUACGCAAUCCGGUUUCCGGUUUGCGGCGCCAGUGACCAAGUGUAUCAAAACAUUUUGCCCCUUCAUCAUUAUAUGAUAAGCGAUCGUCUUAGUUGAUGACGGCAGACAAUAAAACAAAGGAUUCUAGGCGGAUCGUCAUGGGAGUCGGGGUAAUUCAUUAUCGAUAUACCGGGUGAAUUAUAUGGUCAAAUUCUUGAGAUCAAGAUUCGAUGGACGAAAUGACAGAGUUGAUGGGUUAAGUACAGCACCAAGUACGAUUGAAGAUUUAAGCAUGACUUUACUUCUUAUACUCCUUGUUGCUGAAAUAGUUUAAAUUUGCCCUGUACAUAUUAUUUCAUUUAUACUAAUGGGUCCGCUGGGGUAGAUAUAAAUCUAUUGGAUGCUAAUGCUUCAACAAAUUUGCUGAAUAGAUAUCGUUCAUUAAACUCCUUUACUUUUGUAUAUCUUUUGCUUCGGGUCCCCUUGCUUUGGGUUCUCGCUAUAAAUCAUUCCUUCUCCAUUUUGCCUUGGGUUCUUGUUUUGAGAUAUUUUACCAAGAUUUUCUUUUGAACCUCCAAUUUAACAUUGCCCA